CUAUAUAGUUAGGUGUUUAUCAGUACAAAUAACUGAACUUAAAUAAUUUUUCCAUUUAAUCAUAUCUGAUCAUGGCACAAUCCUCCACUUCUACUACAACAAAGAGGUAUGCAGUUGUUACUGGAGGAAACAAGGGGAUUGGGUUUGAAAUUUGUAGGCAAUUGGCUUGUAAUGGAAUUGUAGUCAUUUUAACAGCUAGAGACAAGAACAGAGGACUUGAAGCUGUUGACAAGCUUAAACAAUGUGGGAUUUCUGAUGAUUUGCUGAUUUUUCAUCAGCUUGAUGUGUUAGAUUCUCAGAGUAUAGCUUGUUUAGCAGAUUUUCUCAAGACCCGGUUCGCAAAACUUGAUAUUUUGGUGAAUAAUGCUGGGAUUGGUGGAAUUGAAUAUGACUCUGGUAAUUUUCGAAAAGGUUUUGAGCUUAAUGGUGGUAACUGGGUAAAUAAUUCUAUACACACUUACUUCAAAUUGAAUCUGGUUCUUACUUUAGUUUGGGUUGAAGAACAAUGCGUGAAAACAAACUACUAUGGCGCAAAAGCAAUGGUCGAAGCCCUUUCUCCUCUUCUUCAGUUAUCUGAUUCCGCUAGGAUCGUAAAUGUUGCUUCCAUGGCUGGAUUGCUGGAGUUUCUGAAGGAUUUCAAGGAUGGUUUGCUAGAAACCAAAGGCUGGCGAACUCAUCUCUCAGCCUACACGGUUGCAAAGGCGGCUAUGAUCGCCUAUACGAGGAUUCUAGCCAUAAAAUAUCCGAGUUUCCUCGUCAAUGCCGUCUGUCCGGGCUUUUGCAGGACUGACAUAACCGUCAAUGUUGGCUGCUUAACUGCAGCUGAAGGAGCUGAAAGUGUUGUGAGAUACGCAGUUGUUACUGGAGGAAACAAGGGGAUAGGGUUUGAAAUUUGUCGGCAAUUGGCUUGUCAUGGAAUUGUAGUCAUUUUAACAGCCAGAGACAAGAACAGAGGACUCGAAGCUGUUGAAAAGCUUAAACAAUCCGGGAUUUCUGAUGAUUUACUGAUUUUUCAUCAGCUUGAUGUUGUAGAUUCUCAGAGUAUAGCUUGUUUAGCAGAUUUUAUCAAGACCCAAUUUGGAAAACUUGAUAUUUUGGUGAACAAUGCUGGGAUCGGUGGAAUUGAAAUCGACUCGAAUAAUUUUCGGGCGGGUGUUGAGCUUAAUGGUGGUAACUGGCCAGAUGGAAAACGAAUGACUUGGGACAAAAUGUUAACUCAAAGUUUUGAUUCCGGAGAACAAUGCGUGAAAACAAACUACUAUGGUGCAAAAGCAACGGUGGAAGCACUUGCUCCGCUUCUACAGUUAUCUGAUUCGGCUAGGAUCGUAAAUGUUGCUUCCCUGGCUGGAUUGUUGGAGAAUAUACCCAACGAAUGGGCAAAAGGUAUAUUAAGUGAUGUCGAAAGGCUUACCGAAGAGAGAGUGGAUGAAGUGGUGAAGCAGUUUCUGAAGGAUUUCAAGGAUGAUUUGCUAGAAACCAAAGGCUGGCCUACUCAUCUCUCAGCCUACAUGGUUGCAAAGGCAGCUAUGAUCGCCUAUACGAGGGUUCUAGCCAUAAAAUAUCCGAGUUUCCUCGUCAAUGCUCUCUGUCCUGGCUUUUGCAAGACUGACAUAACCAUCAACAAUGGGCCCUUAACUGCAGCUGAAGGUGCUGAAAGUGUUGUGAGGUUAGCUCUGCUGCCUAACGGUGGGCCGUCUGGCUUGUUUUAUUAUAGGAAAGAGAUUUCGUCUUUCUGAAUAACAUAAAACGUAAUCUUAAAUGAAUGUUGUGAGAAUAUAUUACAAGCAUUGAUAUUUCUGUUGUGUUUAUGUAUUUUCUGUCAAGGGUAAGAUGUUGUCAAACGCUACAUGUAAAUUCAUAUUGUAAAAAUAAAGAUUUGAGCUCAAUAGUAGUCAUUGAUCACUUCA